UUGAAACUUUCACAUUUUCGUUCUUACGUUGUUAAACAAUAAUAGAAAAGCGAAUAAUAAACAAUUUCUUCUUUCUGUGCGAUGAGGGAGCAAAUGAGUAAUGUAGUAGUAAAUUCAUUUGUUAAAUGCUGAAUACCUAACGAUAAUAAAUAUUUCUAUUAAUUGGAAAUUGAGAUGUAACUGUCGGCAUGUGUGUGUGACCUCAUUUACUUAAUUUUCUUAUAAGUAAUUUCACUUCAUCGUGAUAGAAAACCGCAAACACGAAAAAAGUUAACUAACGUUACGAUGAAUAAUUUGCCAAAAAAAUUGUAAUUGAUGAAAGUACUUUUCGCUGAAUUAUACUGAAAGCAGAUAACUAACUAUAAACUGUCAGUUUUGUAAAUAGUGGCCGUAUUUCUCUUUGUCAAAUGAAAAAUUUUUAGAAAUCUGGAUGGAAUUGAGUGUUAUCCUGCGGAUUUGUUCCUCCUGAGCUGUGUUAGACUAUGAUUUUAUUCGUUUGUUAAAAAGGACAUACACAAUAGCUAAUGCAAAAUGGAUCCAAAUAGCCAAGCAAACACGGAAAACCUGCUAAACCAGGAAGACGAAGUAAUCAAAGACAGCAUAUUGCAAUGGGAAGUGAAUCAUGUUGUUGAAUGGGCUAAGAAAAACAAACAGACACCUGAGAUUAUUAAAUGUCUGUUAUUGGAGCAAAUAGAUGGGCAAGUGCUUUUAUGCCUUACGGAGGAGGACGUACGAGAUUUUCGUUAUCGUCUAAACUAUAAUCUAAAAUUUGGAGAACUCAAGAAGUUGUGGCAUUCAAUUUAUCGUUUGCAACAACAACAUUUCCAUAAUUUCAAUCUCUCCAGCAAUGCCGCCUCAGCUACAGUAACGCAACUUUCAAGCAGCGUUAAUCAUAAUUCGAACACAACAAAAGCAACAAAUGUUAGAAAUAAUCUUAGAACAGAAGGAUCACCUUUGCAUCAACAUCAUAACCACCAUAGAAAUACCUUGGGCAAUUCUGCCAAUUCAUAUAUGCUUGGAGGCUGUGGUGGCAUCUACAAUCAUGGAGUCAGCGGACGUAGUUGUAACAUUCCCUGUGGAGCUUUAUUGGAUUCAUACAACGAUUGUGAAAGUUGUGCACCAGAACUUUCUUCAGUAUCGGAUAACUGUUCUGCGAACAUACCUCCGGAAUUCUUUAAAACUGCUAUUAGCCUAGGUUAUUCAUUUCUUGUAACUUGGAUAACAUCAUUUGUAAUGGUGAUUGUCCAUGAACGAGUGCCUGACAUGAAACGAUAUCCUCCACUUCCCGAUAUAUUUCUUGAUAAUGUACCGCACAUACCAUGGGCUUUCCACAUGUGCGAAAUAACUGGCACUUUGUUGUUUAGUAUUUGGGCGUGUGUCUGUAUCUUCCAUAAAUGUCGCAUGGUGAUCUUGAGGCGCUUUUUCGCUUUGGCCGGCACUGUGUUUCUUUUACGAUGUGUUACAAUGCUUAUAACAUCUCUGAGUGUUCCGGGUACGCACUUGCAAUGCAAUCAAAACGACUACGCAAUUGAUGAUACAGCUUUAACAUUAACUGAAAGUUUGUAUUUGCGUAUCUCAAGAGCCUACACCAUUUGGAGCGGUCUGGGAAUGUCAAUACAGGGCGUUCGUACCUGUGGUGAUUACAUGUUUAGUGGACACACAGUCGCACUUACUUUAUUGAAUUUUUUCAUAACAGAGUAUACACCACGUAAUUUAUAUUUUUUACAUACAUUGAGUUGGCUGUUGAAUAUGUUUGGAAUAUUCUUUAUCCUGGCUGCGCACGAGCAUUACUCAAUUGAUGUGUUUGUGGCGUUUUAUAUAACCUCGCGUUUGUUUCUGUACUAUCAUACAUUAGCUAAUAACCAAGCGCUUAUGCAACGUGACUCGAAUCGUACUCGCAUAUGGUUCCCCAUGUUUAGCUAUUUUGAAAGCUCUGUCGAUGGCAUAAUACCAAAUGAAUUCGAUACUGUUUCAGAAAUAAUAGAUAAUCUGUUACGCUUAUUAUUUGAGCUCAAAGACACUGUAAUGUUAACAACCUAUCGUUUGUGGUUGGAAGCACCUCACCUAAGCAUAUCCUCUAAGAACGUCCUAUUUGUACCUCGGGGCGAUUUGUCGUCAAAUAAACAACAACGCAAUGCUGCAACAUCGACGACGACGUUUACAGCAUCGAACACACCUACUACGGCGUCUGCGAAAAAAACUGCGGAAUUUUGGCGAAGUGCAGAUGACGAUAACAAUGAAAGCACAGCCAUGAAUAGAAGAAAACAAGUGCACAAGACAUUGUCUUCGCCAUCACCAACGAGCACAGCAGCAAACACAGUUGAUACAAGCGAAGACAUUAGCCAAAGGCAAACGGGGCAAAGUGUCUUCCCAAAAUCUCAACAUCAAAAUAGAGAACAAGAGCCCUUGAUAACUAAUAACAAUAAACAUAUGGAAAAAACCAUUAGGCUAUCGUAAAUGAAAUUUUUUGUACAUACAGAGAAGCGCAAAUAGAAUUACCUAGGCAAUAUAUAUAUAUAUAUAUAUAUAUAUAUAUAUUAUUUCUCCCAUUAUCCUUCCUUGCUCUCUUUGAACAGUUCUAAACUGCCUAAAAGCUAGUAGUGUUUAAAAAGAUAUAUGUACUAUCUGCCCAUUGUAAUAUACUCGUAAAUCAUUUAAAUUAUGCAUCAAAUAUUCAAUAUAUGUAUUUCCCAAACAUUUCCUACAGUUUUCCACAUUACGAAUAGUAAAGAAUUAAUUCUUUAUAUCAUCCAAUCGAAGCAUGUACCAGGUCUCUAAAAUUUUCGGUGGAUUUGUUGUUUCAAAGCAUAACUUCCACCCAUAUUUAAUUAAAAGAUAUUUGAACUUUCUU